UUCGACUCCGCGUUUCAUGUCUGAUCGACAAGUCUGAUCCCCACCCACUGACGGGAAGGACGAGGUCCGCACGGACGACAUCCACAUUGCAACGGUUCACGGGCUGCCCACCCUGUUAGCACCCCCGCCAGAUUCACUCAACCUUCUCGAGAAGCAUUCUGCGCCCAUGAAACCGACUUUCAAUUUAUCCGUAUGUUCAUCGCUUGCCCCUGAGGUUUCCUGUUCAUCCUCCUUGCGCACAGCACACGUAUCUCGAAACAGAUCCCAGACAGAUGAGGAUGGCGAGCAUCCCGAGCUCGAUGGCUCUGGCUACCUAGUGUCACCGCUUCAGAACGAUACGAUGGCUGCGCCUUGUGGCUCCCCGGGCGGGCGGGCAGCACCAUCAAAGCCUGGUGGAGUCUCUACUUCUGGGAAGCACGCCGCCCUCUAAACACAAG